CCUACUAUAGCCUGCCACUGCCACGGCCACUGCACCCACUGCGUCCGCGCACUGUGAGUAGGUACUUGGUGCGCUGCUGUUCGGUGCUCAUUGCAUCUCUGCACUAGCACCAUGGUCGACACCGACCUCUCGCUGUACUUCGUCACCAUAGGAGUCGCUUCGGUCGUCGUUUUAGCCGCCUUUCUCUACAGAUGGUUUACUUCGAAGCAUGACUUCUUCCUUAAACAAGGAAUCAAUGGGCCUCCACCCUCUCUGCCAACAGGGACAUGGAAAAGUGCCUGGAAACUUUUAUCUGGUGAAGAGGACUUAGAGCGGAUCAAACGAUAUGGAAAAGUUCAUGGAACAUUUGAUGGGGCGACCCCAAACUUAGUGGUGGCUGAUCCUGAUCUGAUCAAGAUAGUCCUACACGAUGAGGCAGCCAAGUUUCGCAGCAGAAGGGCUUUUAAGGUGAAAAAUCUGAUUCUGCACAAAAGUCUGCUAGCCAUCGAGGGCUCUGAACCUAAGAGCAUCAAACAAGUGACCAAUGCAGCUGUAUCUCCUGAGAAUAUAAAAAAGCUGAUGCCUCGAAUCAAUCGGACAGUUGAUUCUCUUACACAACAAGUCACGAAAGAGUCCAAACUUGACACCAAAGUCAACGUUUCCAAGUGUGUGGUGGAAUAUCUCAGUGAUGCUCUCGCAUUUACAUUGUUCGGCCUCGACCUGAACACCGAUGAGAAGCUCAAGAAACAAUUCACUACCACAGUCAGCUGCGCUUUCGCAGUCAGCAACCCCCAGAGUGCCUUUGCUGUCUCAUCAUUCCUGUUUGAUUCAUUGGGGUCUCUUGAUGACUUUGUUCUGAGAAAAGACUGCCUUUCGUUCCUCACCAGUUUGUGCUAUUCUGUGCUGAAGGAACGCAGGAGCCAGGAGGUUACCACUGAGGGGAAAGCUGUAGACUUCUUGGAUCUCCUCUUGGCAGCAGCUGAAGAAGAGAAAAAAGAAGCAGCAAAAGAUAAAGGAGUAGAUGCAGAAAAAGUGGAUAUCCUGCUGACAGAUGUGGAAAUAGUUUCUCAAUGUGUGAGUGUGGUGCUGACAGUCGUCCAAGCCUCCAAGUCAUCCCUGGCUCUUGCCCUCUACACUCUAGGAGCUCUUCCAGCCGUUCAGGACAGGCUGAGAUCAGAAGUUGACGUGCUUCUGCAGAAAUAUAGUGCCAGUACGUACGAGUUGGUGCAAGAAUGUGAAUACUUGGACAUGUUCCUUGGAGAAAUACUGCGACUUUACCCGAUUGAAUACAGGUUGGAACGAGAGUGUGUGGAGGGAGUGAAGGUGGGGGAGGCACAACUGGAGCCAGGGGUUGUUGUGUCGGUGCCUAUAUAUGCCAUUCACCGCCACCCAGACUUCUACCCAGACCCAGAAACUUUCGAACCUGAGAGGUUCUCACCAGAGAACGCGGCCAAGCGAGACCACAACAUUUACCUUCCAUUCGGCCAGGCCGGGACCAACUCCUCUAAUAUUGGAAUAAGACUGAGUGUGCUAUUCACCAAACUGGCCCUUGCAGUGCUCGUGUCAGCGUUCAACAUGUCAGCUGUUGAAGAUGCAAAGGUUCCUGCUCCGUACCAAAGGGGGUUCACUGCGAUUCCCAAGCCUGAAGAACUCUGGGUCAAAGCCACAGUCAAAUGAACAAACAGCCUAUGUUUGAUGUUUUAAUGUUUACUAACUUCAUUUACUUCAUGUUGUAUUGUUGUAGCGUUAACAUGAUACAUUACUGAUACUUAAGCGAUAUAAGUCUGAAUAAACUAUUGUUAGCAUUUCCUUGCUUUAAUAUAUUUAUACUGUUUGUGAUACAAAAUAAAUGUUUAAAAAAAUCUA